AUGGAUGACUCAGAGACCCAGAAGCAGGUCAUUCUUGGCUUUCGGAAGGCGUUUAAGAGUGCCCCUUGGAUUCCUAUCUCCCAGAUGCAGGCACAUUCAUUUCGUGAAAGACCUUUGAAAGGAUUGAUUUUGGUAUCUAAGUUGAAAAUACCUUGUCCAGCUGGUGAGGAGGAGGAAGCUCUCCGCUCAAGACUAUGGAAUGUUUAUAAAGCGACCAGCGAGGGAGUCGAGAAGCUCGACCCCCCAGCACCCUGCGUUUCCUACUACGGUGAAUGGAUCGGAGUGCGAAAAGAUGUGAAAGACUCUAAGGCACCACAGCCCGACAUCAGCGACCAGGAAAAGUUUCAAGACAUUCAACAAAGCGUGGAUAAUGACAUGACUAUUUUCUAUCUCGCUGGAGGGGCGUUUUUCCGUGCCGGCCCCCCAGGUGCCCGACCGGUGAUCAAACAGCUCGCUGAAAUAAGUGGUUCGCGCGCGUUUACUUUCCAGCCUCGUCUUGCACCCCAGUACACCAUACCAACUAUCCUCCUAGACGUUCUCGUCGCAUAUUUUUAUCUCCUAGCUCCCCCAGUCGGGUCCCUCCAUCAACCCAUCAACCCGAAAAAUAUCAUCUUGGUCGGUGAAUCUGGCGGCUCACUUCUUCAUCUUCAUCUGCUCCAAUUCCUUCGAGCCAUGAUACGAUCUUCUGGAAGCGAAACACCUGUUAUACAUUUCAAUGGCCAGCACAUCCCUAUCUCGAUGCCCGCAGGCUGUGCACUUGUCAGUCCUGGCUCAGACCUGGUAUUAUCCCUUCCAUCUGUCAAGAAAUUCGAGAAGUUCGAAUGGUUGUCAGAAGGUGCCCCUUGGCUCAAACCCAACUACCCGGCAGAUCAGAUCUGGCCCACAAUUCCUCCUCGGGGUGAUCUUCACUGCGACAAUUCAGCGCUAUGUCACCCGCUUAUUGAUCCUUCCGUGCAAUUAGACUGGUCGGAGAUGCCGCCUAUGUGGAUUACGUGUGGCGAGGAGACGUACGCGGAUGGAAUCAAAUUCCUUGUCAAGAACAUCCACGCUUCUGGGGUGCCUAUCUCAUUUGUGCAAUACGAGUUUAUGCCGCAUGUGUGGAACGUCAUCUUGCCUCAUUUACCUCAAAGUCGCGACGCUAUGAAGCGAUGGGGCCAGGCUAUUAGAGACAUUGGGCUAGAGAGGCAGAAAGAGUCAAGCGCGCAAUUUGUCAAGUUAGGGAAGCUAGAGGUCUUCCCAAUGAGCUUUGAGGGGCUAUUAGAUAUUCCCCAAGCUGAGGUUUUGCAGAGGAUGCGGACUGCCAGGGAUCGGCUUGCUGAAUUUGUCUGGACUGGGCCUGAAGCAGGAUCUUCGAAGCUAUGA